GCAGUUUCCCCCUGAAUCAUUAUAAGGAAGUCCAAAAUCAGCCAUCCUUAUCCGCGCUAAAUUUCUUUACCUUUCUCUUUUCCAUUAGUCUCCAAAAGAAAAUUGAUCAUCACCUCUCUUAAAAUGACCUCUUCUGUUUACAUGUUCCUUCUCAUCUCCCUAAUCUUAACAUCACUCACCAACGGAGAUGCUGGUUUAAUCCAAACCACUUGCAAAACCACCAAGUAUGCUGACCUUUGUGUCUCCAUCCUCCACUCCGAUCCUACCAGUCUGAAUUCAGACACAAAGGGCCUGGCCCUGAUCUUGAUCCGAGUUGCAACGGCUAAUGCCACGGCAACAUCGACCUUCUUAUCAUCCCAAUUGCUUACUACCACAAAUGACACUAUCCUAAAGACAGUUCUAAAAGAAUGCUCCCACAUGUACGCUUUUUCCGGUGAUGCUCUUCGAGCUUCGGUUCAAGAUUUUGCCUCGGAAUCCUAUGAUUACGCCUAUAUGCAUGUUAUGGCUGCCGCCGAUUACCCGAACGCUUGCCGUAAUGCGUUCAGAAGGUAUCCGAAGCUGAUCUAUCCGCAAGCAAUUGCAAGUAGGGAAGAUGAGUUGAAACAUAUUUGUGAUGUGGUAUUAGGUCUGACUGAUCAUCUUGGUUUUUAACUGUAUUUGGUGGUAUUACAACUUUUUGAUGCAAAUUUUCCCUUACUUUUAAAUCAUUGUUUCAUAUAUUUAGUAAUUUAUUGAUUUGGUUGCUAUUGAUGACUUUGAACAA